AUGUGGGCUUUAUAUCUUAUCGCCAUAACAUGGGUGUUGUCUCUUGUUGCUGGGACAUUUUCAGUUCUUCGAACAAGGGUUCCUGGCCCAUUAUACGCCAAGUUCACAAGUCUCAUACUCAAGUAUCAGGAAUUCUCAGGAAAGCGCCGCACCUAUAUUCACAGCCUUCAUCAGAAAUAUGGCCCCGUAGUGCGCCUGGCUCCAAAUGAGAUCAGUUUCACAGACUUAGAAGGGCUUCGGGAAAUAUACCAGAGUGGGGGAAGUGGAUACGAUAAAACGGAGUUCUACAAUCUAUUUCAACAGUAUGACCAUCGGACAAUGUUUUCAACUCUAAAUAAGCAAGACCAUGCUGGGAGAAAGAAACUCUUUGCAGACCGAUAUGCGAUGACAAACGUGGUCCGCCCAGAGAUCGUCCAAGGAAUCCAAGAUCGUGCCGCAAGCGUGGUGGAGAAAUGCAAGGCAUCGUUGGGAAGUUACCUUGACGUCUACAUUACUCUACAUUGCUAUGCUCUGGACUGUGCCUCACUCUUCCUGUUUAACCCCGGCGGAACUGACACGUUGAAUAACCCCGAGGACUUCGUUCUGAUGCAAGAGUUAUCCUACGAUAACCGCCUGAAACUACGGUGGCUCGAAUACUACUCCCCGAAACUUGCAUCUUUCAUCCAUUGUUUCCGAAAGAAAUCGAGAUCUUUAUCAAAAGAUUACGUCUUAGCUCAAAGCCAACAAACCAAACACAAAGAAUCAUCUUUAAUACACCGCCUGCAAAGUAACUCAUCUUCACUACAGACUAUCCAAAUGGCCGCAGAAUGUAUGGAUCAUAUGGCUGCAGGAAUCGACACCACCGGCGACGGGCUCUGCUUCCUUAUGUACCAGCUCUCUCUCCCUGCCUACCAGCACGUCCAGCAACGACUACACCUCGAACUCGUACACAACCCAACAGCAAAACUUGACGAACUGAUCUUCUUGGAUGCGGUCGUGAAGGAAGGGUUGAGGCUGUUCCCGCCUAUUCCAAUGAGUUUGCCUAGGUAUGUGCCUGAUGGUGGUCGAAACAUUAGUGGGUACGAUAUUCCUGCGGCAACUAUUGUGAGUUGUCAAGCGUUUUCGGUCCAUCGUAUUAACGACUUGGUCUUUCCGAGACCGAAUGAUUUCGCGCCAGAAAGGUGGCUGGCGGAGGAGGGGUUACAUGAGCGGAAUAGAUUGUUUUUCUCAUUUGCCUCCGGGGGGAGAGGGUGCAUAGGCAAAAAUUUGGCGUUGGUAGAGAUGAAAACUCUCUUGCGGGAGAUAUACUCCCGAUUCGCCACAAAAGUAGCGGCGGAGAUGGAAGGCGACAUGAGUAUCGAUGACCAGAUUAUUUCAUCUAGACCGAAAGACCAGACAUGUUUGCUAACCUUUGAGCUUAUUGGUAAAUGA